UAUGCGGAGUCAGUACAAUUCCAAGCGUCUGUUUCUGGGUUCUUUCGCGUCGUCUGUUUCUGGGUUCUUUCGCGUUUGGCUUCGGCUGUCGCCUGGAAGAUUCUGGACAAUUUUCAUCUCUCAUUCUCUGCUUCUUCCUUCGCGAACCAUAAUUGCUCAGAUAUACUGACACACAUAUAUCUGUUUUAUACAUAUAUAACGCGAGAGAGUUUUCUCAUAGAGACAUAGAAUUUUCCAGCCAUGGGGCCAAAUGCAGGUUCUUUGUCGGUGGUGGCGAAACAGGCGGAGAAACUUCGAAUAAACGGCAAUACUUACUUCAAGAAAGAUCGCUUCGGAGCUGCCAUCGAUGCUUAUACGGAGGCUAUUACUCUGAUGCCCAACAAUCCGGUUUAUUUCACGAAUCGUGCUCUAUGCCAUCGUAAGCGGAAUGACUGGCCGAAAGUGGAGGAAGAUUGUCGGAAAGCUAUUCAACUUAAUCACAAUUCAGUCAAGGCCCACUAUAUGUUGGGACUUGCAUUGCUGCAGAGACAAGAAUAUGCCAAGGGAAUAGCAGAAUUAGAGAAGGCUUUGGAUCUUGGGAGGGGAGCCAAUCCUAAGGGCUAUAUGGUAGAAGAGAUCUGGCAAGAGCUAGCAAAAGCAAAAUACCUAGAAUGGGAACGUUCAUCUACCAAGCGAUCAUGGGAAUUGCAGAGCUUGAAAGAAGCUUGCGAGUCUGCUUUAAAGGAAACGCAUCUACAAGACGUCUCCCAGAAGGAAGGCUUUGUAGAUGAAGAUCCAACCACCCCAUCAGAACAGUUAGCGGCUUUAGGAAGAGUGUUUGGUAAAGCCGCAGAGGAUGAUACACCUGCUGAGGUGCCAGAUCAUCUUUGCUGUAGAAUUUCACUUGAAAUUUUCCGGGAUCCUGUCAUCACUCCAAGUGGUCUUACAUAUGAAAGGGCAGUGAUUCUUGAACAUCUUGAGAAGGUUGGUAAGUUUGAUCCAGUCACCCGAGAACCACUUAAUCCAGCCCAGUUAGUACCAAAUUUGGCCAUAAAGGAAGCAGUCCAGGCAUUCUUGGACAAACAUGGAUGGGCCUACAAGAUAGAUUAACAUACGAUUUAUGUUGAACAAUUGAGAGUUUGUUGUAGUUCUUUGUGUGGUCCAUGUUUGGUAAUCAUUGGUUGUAGUUCCCAGCGAUGCCAGUUGUUUGCUUCGAACUGUACAUAUAACUAACUAUAAUUGAUUGUUGUCAAAUGCAAGUUGUACUAGUAGCAAUGCCAGCUUUCCCUCUUGAAAAAGGUUUUGAGUUUGAACCCA